UUAUUGAGUUACAUAAUAUAUAAUACUAAAAUGAAAAUUUUAUAUUUAAAACAUUUGUAAUAAUAUCUAAUGCAUUUAUAAAAUAAAAAAAAUAUCCGCACGAACGUGCGGGUUAAAAUCUAGUUAAUUAUUAUGUUUCAGUUAAGAUUGAAUUGUGUGAUCAUUAUUCUUGGGAAAUUUAUCUAUUACUAUAAUUCUUAGUGUGUGUGAAAUUGUUUAGUUUAUACUGUAUCCGUUAAUGCUAAUGUUUGACGGUAAACUUUAUUCCAUAAUGAUUAUUUGGAGUAAAAUACUUUAUAAGUGUAAAAAAAAUAUUCUGUUUGGAUUAUGGAAUGGAUUAAUUUGUGAAAUAACCAAUUUUGGAAAUAAAAUUACGACUAUAUUAUUGAUUUUGACAUAAUUAAAUUUAUAGUACUUUUUCUGGCAACAAAGUAGUAAUAUAAAAUCUAUCAGAAGCCCAAGCUGGAGUCAAAGAUCUAACAUAGUACACAGUCGAAAGGGAGCUUCGAGCAUCUCGUGUAAGUUUGUCCGCCAUUAUAUUUUUUGUUCUGAAAUAUGUUGGAGUGAGAAAUAAGGCAAAAAUCUCUUUACAUCGUUUUGUUGUAUUUCCUUCAAAAGGGGCAGAAAAGCUGGCCAUUCAGUCGGUGUAGAAAACAUCUUUACCUACUGAGAACAGUCUGUUGCAAACAUCACCUCAGUGAACUGUAGAAUUUUCAUGCAAUCCAUAUCUCAUAUCAAAGCUUCACAUUCAACAUGUAAAGGUGACAGACUCUGAGGGAUUGUCAUUGUGAUUUUACUAGAUGUCUCCCAUGUAAUAGAAAACAAUCCUUGACCUGAAAAUUUAGCUCUCGGUUUCACUGUGGUUUCUCCUUUGUGGCAAGUGUUUGAUUGAGUUUGAUGUAUCCUCUUGUUAGAUGCCUUGCUUGUAGUCCCUGCUUAGUUUAGAUUGAGUUGUGUUUAGCUUCAAUAUUUCAUCUUUUGCUCCAUGUUUCUAAUAAAAUUGGUAAUAAAAUUUAACAUUUUAUUCAAAGAAACACUUUAGAUACCUAUAACUUUAGUUGUAACAUCGAAAUGUUUAUAUAUUGGCAAUGAAUUAAAUUAUGUGUUUCGUUAAAGUCUAUCACUUAUGAGUUAUUAUUUCUUCCAUAUUUCUUUUAUACAUAGUUAAAGUAUUAAGAUGUUAGGCAUAUUCUUGGAUUACUUAAGAAUGUCAUUUAUUUAUUCACAAAUCUUAGAUUUUUACUUAUGAAAUUAUAUAUUAUAUAAAAUGAAUAAAUAUCAAAAAAUUAAAAUUUUGUUAAAUUAAUCUUGCACUUAUAAAAUGUGGAUCAAAAUCUAGUGUUUUAUUAUGUUUUACGACUUCAUAACUCUCAUCUCCUCUAAUCCUUUUUUGCAUAUAUAUUUUUCAUCUAUUUUAUUCACUUUUCUCUUUUUUGUUCUUCUUUGCGAUUUCAAUUUUUUUAUUUUUUUUUUAUCUUUUUCUUUCAUUUCUCAUAUUCCUUAUACUUUUCAUCUCUUAUUUCUUUUAUUGCAUUCAUAUCCAGUGCCAGAGUCACAUUGAAGAUAGGGAAGUCAUCUGACCCACAUAAAAUCUAUACUUUUGUUAUAGGCUUAGUGUCAUGCUUGUUGUUGUGGUGAAGUGGUUAAAAUCUUCCAUUAUGAUCCUCAUGUGUUGAGUUUAAAUCACACACUUGCCUUUUUAGUUUAAAAUAAAUGAGUAAAUGAUCCAUGUAAAACUAAUCUCUAGCUCUGCAUCUGUUCAUAUCUCAUUUUAUUCCAUAUAUUUUAUCUCUUCUAUUCUUAUUUAUGACCAUAUUUUACAUCUUCCUUAUUUUUUUCUUUAUAUCUUUCAUCUUUCUUAUACUUUUUGCUUAUAUUUUUUUUUUUUUAUUCUACUAUGGAACUUCUUAUUUCUCUUUUUUUUUCAUUCUUUUUGCUUUUGCCUUCAUAUUUUAUAGAAGCUCUUAUCCACAUUUUUAAUAUCUUCCAUUCUUAUAUAUGACCUCAUAUUUCUUAUCUUCAUAAUAUUUUUUCUCUCUCAUGUUUCUUUUUUUGUAGUCUUCAUAUCCCAUAUCUAUCAAAUCCAUCCUCCAUUAUUUUUUACCUUAUUAUCUCAUCUCCUUUACUCUUCUCCUUUGACUUUGACUUCUCAUUUUUACAUCCUUAUUUUCUAUUUUCUUUGUUUUUCUUUUCAUUCCUAUUUAUCAUCUAUCUUAUUAUUUUUGAACUUUAUAUCUCUCUUCUACAUUCUCCUAAAAUUAUAAAUAUCAGUCGAACAAAGUGAAGAAAUCAAAACUACAGAUCAAAACCAAAAACUAGCUUACUGCAGAGAAGGAAAAUGAAUGGGCAAGAAGAUGAUUAUGAUGAUGUGUUUAGAUACAUUUCCAGUCCAAGCUUUAUGGGAAUAGCUGAAGAUGAUGAGAAUAAUGAUACCAUGGGUACCACAUUUGGUGCUGGUGAUCAAGAUGGUGGAAAUACUAUAAGGAACAUUAUGCCCAUCCCUCAACAGAACCAAGAACCCGAAAAGUUUUUUUUCGCUUUCUUUAAUUAUAUGAUGCAACUUUCUAUCAAAUUUUUGAGAUUAAUGGACGUUAAUCACUCUUUUACUUUUGUUGUUUUUCUUUUUGUGUGUAGUAUAUACCAGGAGUUUCCUCAUCCUAUGGGAACCCAAGCGAGGGUAGAUGACAUACAAAGGGCACCGGUGGAGCGUGAUUCGUCCAUUAAUGAUUUGUUGGUCAGUCUAUCUAGUCCUCUAGGAAAUGCAUUACCGGCAUAUGAUUCGUUUGUGGACGACGAUGUUUUGGACAUUCCAGCUCCACCUUCUUCUCCUACUUUGAUGCUCAAUCCUGGAAGCGAUUUGUCAACAGAACUUGGUCCGAUGAUUAAUGAUAGAUCAACGUCGAUGGUCAAUCCACAUGACACACAACCAGGAAAUGAUGCACCACAGGAUAAAGUUGAUUGUGGUGGUGAAACUUCACCGAUUAACAUAAACUCAUUGUUGGAACUUGCUGAUAUUGCUAUGAAUGAGUUGAUUAUGCUGGGAGAAGUGAACAGUCCAUCAUGGAUAAUAGACUCAACCUCUAAGAGAGUAACAUUGGACUAUCAAGAGUAUAAAAGUUUUUUCAAAAAUGGUUUUGAAAAACCUCCUGGAUAUGUUAUAGAGGCUUCUAGGGAAACAGGUACAGUUCAUAUGGAAUGCUUGCCUCUGGUCAAGACUUUUACGACGGACAACUGGAUCAACGUGUUUGCGCCUAUUGUGCCUGUGACAUCAAUCCAUAACCUGAUACCCAAAGAUUCUGGUGGGCUUAGAAGUGGAUCACUUAGACUGAUUACAGCAGAAUUUCAAGUUAUUUCUCCCUUGGUGCCAAAGAGACAAGUAAAGUUUCUUAGGUACUGCAAGAUGCUCAGAGAAGGCUUUUGGGUGGUUGUCGACUUCACUCCUCGUCAAGAAAAUAUGAACUUCUCGUCUGAUGAUGGUUCUUACCGCUUACCUUCAGGUGUUAUCAUAGAAGAUUGUGGCAAUGGUUACUCCGAGGUAAAAUGGAUUGAGCAAAUCGAAUAUGAUGAGAACUUAAUCCCUCAACUCCCCGAGCUUUUGAUAAGUUCUAGAAUCGGGCUAGGUGCGAAGAGGUGGUUCACUACGCUGCAGAGACACUGCGAAAAUAUUUCAACCCUUGCAUCUAUCAACCUUGAUGAAAUUUACCCAGGACUGUCUUCAAAAGUUGCAACUGAAAUAGUGAAGCUAGCUCAGCGUAUGACUAUAAACUACUACUUGUGUAUCACUGCCUCUCCGGCGAGCAUAUGGAAGAGUAAUGAUUCAGAGAGUGCGAGACAAGACAUAAGAGUGAUGAUCCGAAAGAACAAUGUGGGUGAGCAUACCAGGAUUGUGUUGAGUGCAGCCACUUCUCUCUGGUUACCAGUGAGCAAGAAAACAGCGUUUGAUUUCCUCAUCAACCCAAGUUUCAGAAACCAGUGGGAUAUCUUGGCCAUUGAUGUCACCACCUCCAUUGAAGAAAAGAUCAAGAUUCAAAAAUCAAGAUUCCAUAGAAACGAAGUCUCUCUUCUUCAAAUCGAACCAGGUAACUCAGUUCUACAAGAGACGUGGAAUGAUGCAUCUGGUGCAUUACUGGUAUAUGCACCAGUGGACAUGGAGAAGAUCCUGGCAAGUGAAAAUUCAGAUUCUGUGCAGAUUCUUCCUUCGGGAUUCUCGAUAUUGCCAGACGGAGGAGGAGAGACUGAUCCAAACAGAAGUCGUGUAGGAUGUCUACUAACACUUGGAUAUCAGAUGUUGCAUAGCGUUAAACCAACUGAAGAUGUCGAUCAAGAUUUUGUCAAAAAAGUUGAGCUACUCAUGGAUCGUACUAUGGGCAAGAUUAAAUCUGCUUUAUCUAGAUGAUUAUAGAUACCUUUGCUUCUUUAGAUUCUAUUUGCUAUGUUUUUAUGUUAUUUGCAUGACUGAAACUUAUCUCAGCUUUCCUUCUGUUCUUUUAAAUAUGUUUUCAUCAGCUUUAAACCGGAUGAUAUAUAUAUAUAUACAUAUUUUCUUUAA